AUGGUCCCCCCCAUGUCCAGCACCGCAUCUCUCUCCGUCACAUGGUCCCCCCAUCUCCAGCGCCGCAUCGCUCUCCGUCACAUGGUCCCCCCCAUCUCCAGCGCCGCAUCGCUCUCCGUCACAUGGUCCCCCCAUCUCCAGCGCCGCAUCGCUCUCCGCCACAUGGUCCCCCCCCCAUCUCCAGUGCCGCAUCACUCUCCGUCACAUGGUCCCCCCCAUCUCCAGCGCCGCAUUGCUCUCCGCCACAUGGCCCCCCCAUCUCCAGCGCCGCAUCGCUCUCCGUCACAUGGCCCCCCCCAUCUCCAGUGCCGCAUCGCUCUCCGUCACAUGGCCCCCCCAUCUCCAGCGCCGCAUCGCUCUCCACCACAUGGUCCCCCCCAUCUCCAGCGCCGCAUCGCUCUCCACCACAUGGUCCCCCCAUCUCCAGCGCCGCAUCGCUCUCCACCACAUGGCCCCCCCAUCUCCAGCGCCGCAUCGCUCACCACCACAUGGUCCCCCCCCAUCUCCAGCGCCGCAUCGCUCUCCACCACAUGGCCCCCCCAUCUCCAGCGCCGCAUCGCUCUCCACCACAUGGUCCCCCCAUCUCCAGCGCCGCAUCGCUCUCCGUCACAUGGCCCCCCCAUCUCCAGCGCCGCAUCGCUGUCCGUCACAUGGCCCCCCCAUCUCCAGCGCCGCAUCGCUCUCCACCACAUGGUCCCCCCCAUCUCCAGCGCCGCAUCGCUCUCCACCACAUGGUCCCCCCAUCUCCAGCGCCGCAUCGCUCUCCGUCACAUGGCCCCCCCAUCUCCAGCGCCGCAUCGCUGUCCGUCACAUGGCCCCCCCAUCUCCAGCGCCGCAUCGCUCUCCACCACAUGGUCCCCCCCAUCUCCAGCGCCGCAUCGCUCUCCACCACAUGGUCCCCCCAUCUUCAGCGCCGCAUCGCUCUCCACCACAUGGUCCCCCCAUCUCCAGCGCCGCAUCGCUCUCCACCACAUGGUCCCCCCCCAUCUCCAGCGCCGCAUCGCUCUCCACCACAUGGUCCCCCCCAUCUCCAGCGCCGCAUCGCUGUCCGUCACAUGGCUCCCCCAUCUCCAGCGCCGCAUCGCUCUCCACCACAUGGUCCCCCCCAUCUCCAGCGCUGCAUCGCUCUCCACCACAUGGUCCCCCCCAUCUCCAGCGCCGCAUCGCUCUCCACCACAUGGUCCCCCCAUCUUCAGCGCCGCAUCGCUCUCCGCCACAUGGUCCCCCCAUCUCCAGCGCCGCAUCGCUCUCCACCACAUGGUCCCCCCCAUCUCCAGCGCCGCAUCGCUCUCCACCACAUGGCCCCCCCAUCUCCAGCGCUGCAUCGCUCUCCGCCACAUGGCCCCCCCAUCUCCAGCGCCGCAUCGCUCUCCACCACAUGGUCCCCCCCAUCUCCAGCGCCGCAUCUCUCUCCGCCAGAUGGUCCCCCCAUCUCCAGCGCCGCAUCGCUCUCCACCACAUGGUCCCCCCCCAUCUCCAGCGCCGCAUCGCUCUCCGUCACAUGGUCCCCCCAUCUCCAGCGCCGCAUCGCUCUCCGUCACAUGGCCCCCCCAUCUCCAGCGCCGCAUCGCUCUCCACCACAUGGUCCCCCCAUCUCCAGCGCCGCAUCGCUCUCCACCACAUGGCCCCCCCCCCCAUCUCCAGCGCCGCAUCGCUCUCCACCACAUGGUCCCCCCCCCAUCUCCAGCGCCGCAUCGCUCUCCACCACAUGGUCCCCCCAUCUCCAGCGCCGCAUCGCUCUCCGUCACAUGGCCUCAAACUGCAUCGUUUUUUUUCCUCUCUGUCGCUGUAACGCUCUAG